UGGCUCAGCCUCCCAAAGUGGUGGGAUUACAGGGGUGAGCCACCAUGCCCAGCCUUGAUUGCUUUUUUGUUAGCUGGAUUUGCUAAAGUUGGAAAGUGAUCUGUGUUCUCCCUCUGUAGUUCUUUUCUUUGCCUUUUUUUUUUAAUUUGUGAUAGUUUUUGGCUUUAUCUAUUUUGGUAUAAUGUUUACUAUGUUAUGUUCAUAACUACUAUAUUGUUUAUCUUUGUCUCAAUUAAAUACUUUUUGCCUUAAAUCCAGCUCUUCGAAUAUUUCCAUUCUGCUUGUGUUGGUUUGAAUAUUCCAGGUCUUCUAUUUUUUAGUCUCUUUGCUUUUUAAAUUGCUGCUCUUAAAAGUAACAUACAUUUGAGAGAGGUUUUUAAAAAUCCUUUGAGAAGAUAUUGUAAAAGGCCUUUUAAUUUUCAGUUGCUGCAUAACAAACCAAAUUUAGUAGCUUACAACUAAAAUAAUUUUACUAUCUUUCAUGAUUCUAUAGGUUGACUUGGAUCAGCUGAUGGUUCUUUUGCCCCACGAAUGUUCAGCUGGUACUGCAGUCAUCUGGUAGCCCACUUAAACUAGAAUGUCCAUGACAGCUCAUUCACAUGGCUAAUGCCUUGGUAGGGGUGACUGGGUUCAACUGGAAUAUUGGAUCAGUGGGGCAUCUCAUUCCCACCCAUCUUUGGCCUCUUCUUCACCAAGUGGCCUCUUACAUGGUCUUCUUAGGUAGCAAGAACUCCACCAGCAGGAUAACCAUACUUCUUACGUAGUGGCUUAGGGCUUCCAAGAGUGCCAAAGUACAAACUGCCAGGCCUCCUUAAAGUGAAGGCAUGGAACUGUUCCAGCAUCAAUUCUGCCUCCUCCUGUUGGUUGGCUGUUCCUGUUGAUCCCCUUGGUGAUGCUUCCUCUGGUUAGGGCUGAGGGGAGGCUGACAGGAGGAUCCUCUAGCCUGUGCCAGCUCAAGCAGCUGUUGCAUCUGUUUAGCAGACUGUCCUCUGGCUCUAGAAAGGGUUUAGUACUUUGGAAAAGGUUUAUAAACUAUUUGCCUUUAGAGGCCAAAGUCACCCCUUUGUGUGUAUCCAAGGAAAGCUAAGACUGCUUUUCUGAGAGACCUUGGCCAGUGUUUUGUGCUACCUUCCUGUGGCUAACAAGUUCCUUGAUUUUCUUUCUUUUUUUUCGUUUUUGUUUUUAAGUUCCUUGAUUUUCAAUAGGGAUGCAACCCUUGCCUUUUGGCAAACUGUAAAGCAAAUAAAUCUGCCCUUACUUGGCUAUGUAGUGGACUGAUUGAACUUGAGUUUAUUGCAGAGAAUGGCACAUCACUUUUAAAAUUUUCACUUCUUACCGGAACACUAGUUCUAGGAGGUAACAUUCUUGCAGUUAGCCUAAAAUCCAUCUCUAUUCCUCUACAGUGCCUUUUUGAAUUUUUGUUUUUUUGUGAGGUUGGGAGCUACUUAACAUUCUUCAAAAGACAACUGAAGGGGCAGGUAAACUGAAUCGGGUUGAAAAGGAGCCCCUGUUGUCCCCAACUCACCCCUGAACACAUCUCCUGCCCCCCAACUCGCACCCCCAUCCCUGCUUUGACGUGGAAGGACUCUGAGGACACUUGGUUGAUCCUCAUUGCCUGAGCACUCCAUUGAGUCAAGGUAGUUGUCAGAGAAUUUCAUUCUGAGACCUCACUCUUUUGGCCACUUAUAAAAAUAAUUCUUCUGGGUUUUUUUGGGGGGGUUGGGGUGGGGGUACGAAUGUAGCUUUCAUAGUUGGAUGUUUUUAAAAAUAGUCAUUUGGCAGUUGGGAACUUUUUAUUUUUGUUAUCUUAUUUUUAAUUCUCAGGAUAUUUAUGACACCAGCCUCUUGAGAGAAUGUUUCCGAGCCUUGCCUAGGGCUUUCUGAGGCUUCGUGUAUUCUCAGCAGUUGUUGUCUUCCUCCUCAGUGGCAGGUUUGCCUUUGUUCAUGGACACUCUGGACCUUGUAGCUCCUCAGGCUUCCCUGUCUGCUGAGCAGAUAGGAAGCCGCGGCCGAUACGUGGCACCUUGAGGAAAUACCCAAUGAAUGACUGUGUCCUAUUGUGUUCUAACUUUAUUUCAGCCUUAUUUCUUUUCUUAAAAUCGUUUUUCAUUUAGCUUCAAUAUUGCUUUAAUUAGAUAUCUUAAAGCUAGUGUACCACAGUGGUUGAAAGAGCAGAUGCUGGAGCCAGAGUUUGAAUCCCAGUUCUACCACUGUGCCUCAAUUUACUCAUCUGUAAAAUGGGAGUGAUAAUAUAGUUCCUACUUCAAAGGGUUGUAAGAAUUAAAUGAAUUAUUUUAUGUAAAGUGUCUUAGAAUAGUACAAGACUCAUAAUAAAAAUCAGAAGUGUUAGGUAUUAUCAAUAUUGUUAAAGUCCAUGUAUACAUUUACUGUAGUAUUUUUUUUUUUGACUCUGAAGUGCUGUUUUCACUCUAUUCUGUUCAGCUUUUAUUGCUGGCAUCUUGCUUCUGCGGGUCCACCCUCCUGCUGACUGGCAUCAUGUUUGCGUUGUGGUCAAAGCACCUGCUGCCUGCGGUUCUCCCUUGUGCACACCGGUUCUUUGGUUGCUGUAACAAAAAGUACAUAGGACACAGAUGGGAAACCCGCAGGCCCUGCUUUUUCUUCCUAAUUUGGCAGAAGAGGGGGUGGAAAACCAGGGCCUUUCACAGACAAAUCUUGUUUUAGAGUUUAAAUUUAACUUCUUGUUCAUAUUCUAAAGCUGGAAUUGGUAAUAAAUCUUGGCUGUAUGCAACUAGAGAGAACUGGGGUUUAAAAAUUUUUUAAAUGAUUUUAAUGUAAAAUCUUUUCUGAUUGCAAGACAACUGGCCUUUGAUGAUUUUCAAGAGAGCUGCGCUGUGAUGUGGCCAAAGGUAAUGGAAUGUUCCAGGGCCAAGCUCCUCAUUAGAACCUGCCAGGGUAUUCUCUGGUUAGACAAUAGAAGAAAGUCACUCCCUGAGUAGUUACGGUUUCUUCUGGUCUUUAAGGUUCACUUGUGGCUUUAACUUACAGGAGGGAUGGGAUGGACAUUUUCUACGUUGUUUCCGGCUCUUUCUCAUGUCUCAUGCUGGCCUUAGAAACUGUAACACUCUGGGAACCUCUGCAUAACCCAGUCUGGCUGCCUUACCCUGUUGAGCUCUUUUCAAAUUAAGCAAGAUCUGACUAAUACAUUCUUCAGAGAUGCUCGGACCGUUUUCAUUAUGAGAACUAAAUGGCUUUUCCAGAUCACAUUACUGUAAUUGACUUUACACUCAUUUUGAUACUUACUUAUUAUAGGGUACUAGCUAGAGUCUUCAUAGCAGUUGCUGUACAUUUGUUUGUGGUUUCAACAGCCUUUUCUUAGUUGAACAAAACAACAUAUAAAUAAACAAUAGAAAGAUGAUCUAAAAUGUCACCCUCCUUCAUUUGUUAAGUUUAUCAAAGCCCUUUAUAUACAUAAACCUGGAUUAAAUAUUUUAGUAUAGAACUGGUCAGCUGUAGCCUGAUUCAAGGGUAUGUUUAGUUAUUGGUUCUCAGAAUAUCUACCUGAGGAACUUUCUCCAACAGGGUUUCUAUGGGUUCAUUUACAUUCAGGGCUUCAGAAAGGAUGGGUGGACAAUUGUUAAUACUCUGUGUUCUGGAAGGUGGAGAAGCAGGUGGUGAGAAUGUGUUCCAGCCAGCAAAGGAACUCACAUUAUACCUAACUUUUCUGCACUGCAUUAUACCUCUGACCCUAUUAGGACACAUCAGAGGCUUUGUUUUGUGAAAGGAACAUAAUUAAAAUCGAAGGUUAAAUUUUUAAGUAGGGACACAAACAUGACGUUUUUUCCUUUAUCUAAGACUGGAAUUUCCAUGUCUGCCUAAAAUCUCUAUUCUUUUUGGAGAAAUGUCAGCAAAGACAGAGAGGAAUUUACCUACAUCUCACUUAGGGUGGGGAUGCCCUGAUGGUCAAAGCAAACUGAAAACCCACAGAAAUAAUUUGAUUCACAAAUGUAUUUUGUUAGCAGUUUUUAAAAAUUGAUUGUCAACAUUUAGAAUCCAGGCAAUUUCACAUAAAAAAUCAGAUUUCUGGCCCCUCUUGAUAAAUGGAAAGAUCCAGUGAGUCUGGGGCCACAUGGCUGCAGUCAGCUGGAGCCAGGUUGAAGCUGUCUCCUUGGCUGGGCCUUAGGUUCUUGUCUUUCAGUGUCUGCUGUCUUUUAUGUGACAUGUUUGGCCCUGUGGGCAUUUGAAUUGUGACCCCUCUCCUGUUCUUUCCUGCCCUACUCCUAUAGCUCAUGUCCUACUGUUUUAUGGUCAGGUAUUUUACAACUUUUCAGAAGGGCCCAGGCCACUGUGAGCAGUGGUUAAAUGGACAGCAGGAAGGAAGAGUUGGCUCCCACGUGCUGCUCCCAGUCCCCCCCGGGCCUUCAGGGGACAGGAGCUAACGCCAGGGUGGAUGUGGUAUGCUAUAUUUGCUGAGCUGGCACCCCUCUGUGUGUUCAUUGAGCCUGAAAGUCAUAACCAAAGUUUCCUCAUCCUGAGGGUGGGGCAUUUUUUAAAAUAUGAAAGAAAGGAGCCAGUGACAAGUGACAGUUCCAACCUAUUUGCAGGCUUACAGGACCAGCUAUUGCCACAAAAGAUAAGCUUCCUGUUUACCAGUUGGCCUGAGACAAAGUGGUUGUGCUUCCUGGCCACGCGGGGCUUGGCACACAGUCUGGGCUCUGUCUGUCAGGAUGCAUCCGUGAAGCAGGAUGUCAAUGUCUCCGGCAAAAAUGAUCAUUUACGGCAGUGUGCUGUUUACCGGGAGCAUUUCCCUUUCGUAUUUCAUCAUACAAAAGACUUAUUCCAGGGGUUUAUAUUACAAGUUGGCAUUGGAGCAGCUGCAGAACCAUCCCGAGGCACAGAAAGCUCUGGGCCCGCCUGUCAACAUCCACUAUCUCAAGCUCACUGGCAAGGACAACUUUGUGGACAUUGCUGAUGCCAAGUUGAAGAUUCCUGUCUCUGGAUCCAAGUCAGAGGGUCAUCUCCACGUCCACUCAACCAGAAGUGGCCCCUUUCACAGGUGGCACCUUAAUGAGGUCUUCUUAGAGCUCAAGGAUGGUCAGCAGAUUUCCGUGUUCAAUCUCAGUGGAGAAAAUGGUGAUGACGUGAAAAAGGAGUAGAGACGACCCAAAAGACCCAGGUUGCUUCUAGUCCAGCCUUCCCUCAUCUCUACCAUGUGCCCACUGGCAUGGUGGCCCAUCUGAGUGACAGAUACUCCUGCAAGCCAGUUUUCCAGCCACCAGUAGGAUGACUGUAUGUGCCAUCAUGUGGUAAUUUUGGUAUAAAUCUAACUUGGGCACAACAAAUGCUAUUUGUCGUUUUUAAACUGAAUCAGAAAGAAACUCUUAGAAAUUUAAGAUGAUUUAUUUGAAAGUGCUUUGUAUAAAAAAGGAAUCAAAAUUAAUAAAAUGUUUGUUGACCUUU